UGAUUUACAUAAGACCACACACAAGCAAUUAAUACACUGCCUAAAAAAAUUAAUUAUCCAACAUUCUCAUGAACACCAUGAGUAAUUUUGAUCAUAUCUCUCUUGGUCUUACGUUAGGAGUAGGAUCCCCUCAAAAUAUUAAUAUUGAUCAAGUAGCUACUACAAAGAUUGAACCGGAUGAUGAAUAUGUUUAUUUCCAUCAACAUGCCUCUAAUUCUACUAGCGUGCAAGUGUCUUCAUUUUCUAACUCGUGUAAUAGCAUCAAGAGGGAGAGAGAUCAUGAUUUCAUCAAUAGUGAACAAGUGCAUCAUGAUGAUGUUGAUGAAAAUGGUAACUCCAAUAGGAAGAAACUUAGGCUCACCAAAGAACAAUCAGCAGUAUUGGAGGACACUUUCAAAGACCAUUCUACCCUCAAUACGAAGCAAAAGCAAGAAUUGGCAACCAAGCUGAAUCUUCGUACGAGACAAGUGGAGGUGUGGUUUCAGAACAGGAGGGCAAGGACAAAAUUGAAACAAACGGAAGUGGACUGCGAAGAACUGAAGAAAUGUUACGAAACUCUAACAGAAGAGAACAAGAUGUUGGAAGAGGAAUUGAAAGAGCUGAAAUCGAUGAAAACACCGGCAGAACAAUUUAAUUAUAAACCGCUUCCGGUAGCCGGUCUUACGGUUUGCCCUUCGUGUAAGAAAAUUUGCCCCGGCCGCCACGAUGACAAUGGCCCAUCUCACACCACCGCUUUGCUUCUUAGCCCAAAGGCCCAAAUUCACUUCUAUACAAAUAGUAAUUAUACGUUCACACAAUCUUCUGCAACUAUUGCUAGCUAGCUAGCUAGGGAGGGAGGUUGAAUAGUAAAUACAGUUUCAUUUUCAGAUAAUUUUGCUUUAUUAAUGAUAUCUAGAGUACUAAUUUAUAGAUAAUUACAAAUAUAAUAUCAUGUAAGAAAAUGAUAGCCGGUCGAUUUAGAAUCGGAUUGAUCGAGUUUUAUGAUCAUCACGUACUACUUAAUUAUGUGGUGCACCUGAUGAUACAUAGCCAAUUAUGUUUAUAAAUUGUUCAUGUACAAGUUUAUUAUCAAAAAAAUAAAAUUGUAAAUAGUUCUUCAUUUCA